AUGGAUGGGGCAAGUUGCAAGACUACUGUGGCAAAACCUACAGCUACCAGCCCAGCCAGUAAAGAACUGAACCAAGAAAUCCCCAAGGAUAUCACCAUUGAUGUUGUUCCAGAACAGAACGCUGUUGUGCCACCAGGAGAUAUCAUAGACAACAAUGCCCACGGUGACGGUGGACUGGCAGUAGCGCCACCAGGAGAAAUCGUAGACAACAAUGCCCACCGUGAUGGCGGACAGGAAGAGGUUGCUCAAGAACAACAGCAUCAUGGACGGAUGAGAAGUUUCGAUCUCAAAUUCGGAUUACCUGGUUGCUGGGAGUAAAGCCCUCAGCUCUCAUGGUCGCAAGUAAAAUGGACUAAGGUAGAAUGCCUGGAAAAUAAUGGUGUUACCCUCGUUCAUGGAACACAUUAUACUUUUCGU